UUCAAGAGCUUCAAACUACUACCACAACUCCAUAACAAGAGCUUUAAACUUUGUGCUUUUUUUCACCAUAUUAGUGUUCAUCUUCUUGUUUUCCUGCUGCUUUGAUCGUUGCUAAGAAGUCUGUACUAUGGCCACUAAUGGAAGAAAUUUCCCGGCACAGAGACAAGAGACUCAGCCUGGGAAACAGCAUGUGAUGGAUCCUAUCCCCGAAACGGCUCGCUCUCAAUACAAGCCAGCCAACAAACUGCAGGGGAAAGUGGCUCUGGUGACUGGAGGAGACUCAGGAAUAGGGAGGGCCGUAUGCCACCACUUUGCUCUGGAGGGUGCAACUGUAGCUUUUACAUAUGUCAAGGGUCACGAGGACAAGGAUGCUGUGGAUACCCUUCAGCUUAUCAAAAGUGCCAAGGGGACUGGUGCAAAAGACCCCAUAGCAGUUGCAGCAGAUUUGGGUUAUGAUGAGCACUGUAAAAGGGUGGUCGACGAGGUGGUUAAUGCCUUUGGGCGCAUAGAUAUCCUGGUCAAUAAUUGUGCCGAGCAGUACGAACGCUCGACUAUAGAAGAGGUCAGUGAGCAGAAGCUUGAGAGGGUAUUCAGGACAAACAUCUUCUCCCAUUUCUUAGUCACAAGGCAUGCCCUGAAGCAUAUGCGAGAAGGGUCCAGCAUCAUCAAUACUACAUCAAUCGUCGCAUUUAAAGGCAGUCCUUCAUUACUGGACUACACUUCUACCAAAGGUGCUAUUGUGGCCUUCACCAGGGGCUUGGCCCUCCAGCUUGUACAGAAGGGCAUCCGAGUCAAUGCGGUAGCCCCAGGUCCUAUCUGGACUCCCCUGAUUCCAGCCUCAUUUAAGGAAGAUGAGGUUGAGAGCUUUGGGUCAGAGGUGCCCAUGAAAAGGGCGGGGCAGCCUAGUGAGGUCGCGCCUUCCUAUGUGUUCCUUGCUUGCAAUGCAGAUUCCUCCUAUAUUACCGGCCAAACCAUCCAUCCUAAUGGUGGAGCUAUUGUGAAUGGCUAGAAAUUUUCUAAAUGAUGUUUUUCUAUUUCCCGGGACUGCAGCAAAGUGAGCAUAAACCUUAAGAUGGCAUCCAUGGUUAAGUAGUCUUCCCGAGUUUCUUUCUUGUAACUGUGUGUGUGUGUGUGUGUGUGUGUUAAUGUACCUUCUGAAACUCUGUACCAACAGUACAUAAUGGUAAUAAAAGCUUUAUGUUUUA